AUGUCCAGCACCAUGAUUGUGCUUCCUCGUCCUGGGACGGCUCAGUCUAGCCACCCACUGCAGCCCAUCCGAGCACCAUCCGAAGCCGCCUUUGUCGCGACAUUUGGCCAGCUCCUACCACAAGCGUCAUAUUUACAGACACCUCAUGGCAGAGCUGCAUAUUAUGAGAUACCAGCCUCAUCUCCAGCACCCCCAGGCACCACCAACACCAUCUCGCGCGUCCUGUUUGUACACGGGGUCCAAACCUGCGCGAUCGGACUGCAGCCACUAGCCAGCGCGUUAUCUUCGCGUUUCCCGCAUGCUCAGUGUGUCCUUGUUGACCUGUGGGGCCACGGUUUAACAGACACCCCGAUUAUCCCCCACGAACCCACCCUCUUCCAUGGAUUAUUGGAAGCGUUAAUGGUGCAGCUUGGAUGGGAUGACGCUCAUCUUAUUGGAUAUUCGUUUGGCGGAUCUACAACCGCAACCUUUGCAGUCGCGCAUCCCGAACGUGUUGCAUCUAUGGUCCUAGUCGCACCUGCGGGUCUACUGCAUGCUAGCGACUAUACCGAUGUGCAAAACAGUUACCUACGUGGCGGUGAAGGAUUGGAAGAGAAGGCGCGAGCUUGGAUUCUCGAGUUCCUGGAGGGAGGCCAGUUAGUCGUCCCCUCGGAUUGGAAGGAGAGAGUCGCGAAAGGCGAAGUUGUUGCGGAGGCAGUCCGAGAAUGGGAAAUGAACGAGCAUGAAGGCCAUGCAGCAAGUGUGAUAGCCGUAUUUAGGGACGGUGGAGUGCUGGAUAAAGAUGCUGAAUUUGCUCAAGCGGCGGAGAGUGGAAUCUCGAAUCUGAGUAUUUUGGGAGAACUUGAUGAUGUGUGCAGCGUGGAGAAGCUUGAAAAUGUUGGGAUAGACAAUAUUUCUGUUGUACCGCAGGUUGGACAUGGUGUUGUGAGAGAAAGGGUGCCGGAGGUUGCUAGUCUGAUUGAGAAUUUCUGGAAGGGACUCUAG